CUGAAGGCUGCAUCGCUUCCAACAGGGCUGCUCCAGCACCUGCCCAUCUGAGCGCCAGCGCACCUGUCCAUCUAAGCGCCAGCCGAGGAAAGAAAGUAGACCUGUAAUUUCAGGUGACCCAACCAUCAACCCCUGAAAAAGGUGGCCAUAAAACGCCCAGGAGACGAAGAUGAUGGCACGUCGUGACCCCAAAAGUGGGGCAAACAGACUCGUGAGAGCCCAGACCCUCCAGAAGCAGCAGAGGGCCCCAGUUGGGCCAAGGGUACCUCAUUCACUGACAUCACUUCCUUUCCACCCACAGGUCAAGUGCAAAAACUGCUUGGCCUUUGGCCACACGGACAGAAAUACCAUGUGCCCUAUGAAGUGCUGGAAAGAAGCCCUGAUUCCCCAGACCUUUGGGAAGAAGGAAGGGAAGGAAAACCUGAAACCACUGAAGCCCCAGGUUCAAGGGAACCCGGGGCCCUUGAACAAGGAAAAGAGAGAGAAGGAAGAGAGACCAAGGCAACAAGACCCGCAGAGGAAGGCUCUCCUCCAGAUCUUUUCCGGGAAACCUCUGGAGCAGCCGCUGCCAAAUCGAAAAGAAUCCGUGGAAUCUGGUGAUUAUCUGAGGGUUGCAACCAGGCCAAUGCCAGUCCCCACAAGCAAUAAGAGGCGACGUGUAGACCCUGCCCUCACUGAUGGCUCAGCUACCAAAAUGUCUGACACGGUAUCCGUCUUGGCUUCACUGACAACUCCCUCAUUCCCCUCACCUGAAAAGCCGGGAGUCUUCCUGUGA